AUGGUUGCAGGCUUAGGUAUCAACACCACCCUCAUAGGCCUUCAGUUACAAAGAGUCCAUGACCAAUCUCCCAUAUUUUCCAAGUCUUUCUUAACUCUUGGAAGUAGGUUAGAAAUCUCAAAGUCCAAAUUCGAGUUCAUUGCUAGUCAAGGUUUGUUUUCCAAUUUUAAUAGAUUGAAGAUCAAAGAUACAUCAUUUGGUAUUGUUAAGAGUAUUACUCUAAAUGGUGAUGCAGUGUACACAAAUAGGUUCUUUGGUGACUCUUUAGAUAUGUCCGGACACUAUAUUUACUUUGAAGGAUGUUACUUUUAUAAAUCGGCAACAACCACUCAGCAGAUUGUAGCCUCAAAAGUUGAAAUGACACAAUGCUUUGUAAAUUCUUCUAAGCUAUUGUUUAGAUCAGCUAACGUCUCAAUAAGAAAUUCAUUUAUCAAAUCCUAUAGAUUAGAAGUGAGCUAUAACGAGUAUUUCAGUUGUUCAAAUGUUAACUAUGUACUUCAGCAGCUUAUAUUCUCAUCAGCACAAACAUCUAAGUCAAAUUAUGAUAAUUGUAACAUUUCCAAACUAACAACUGAAAUUAUAUCUCCUGUAUACGGAAACCUUGCAAUGAACCAUCUUGUAAUUUCAGAAAUGAACUCAACUUAUGGAUUGAAAUUCCCGAAACUUGAUUCACCAUAUUUUCAAUACUUAACAAUCCAAGAUAGCACAUUUAAAUCUUGUGCAAUCAGAUCGUCGAUCUCUCUGAACAUAGAGAACCUAGCAGUAUUUAAUACAAAAACUGGAGGUCAAUUCUUUGAUGCAGAUGGCUUGAAGUUAAAUGUAAACGGAUUCUAUUGCGACUGCGAUGUUGAUACCACAGAUAUGCAAAUAGAAGGUACUAAUUUAAGAACGCUUUCAGAAGAAAUGCCAAAACAUGUUCCAAGAAUAACAUUAGUACCUGAUCCACAAUUUCUGGACUACAGACUUGAUAAGGAAAAAACAAUACGCUUUGUUAGAUACUAA